GUUCUAGAACCCACCCGACCCAACCCACCAUUCCGAGGCCAGACCAGAGCGGCACCGCCCACCAUGGCCAAGCCUCACGCCGGCUUCAACACCCCGCGCCCCUCCUCCGCCCGCUCCGCCGCUCGCACCACCGCGGGUUCCUCGUCGACGGACACGACUCCCCUCGCCCCCACCUCCAUCCCCCGCGCUGACCUCUCCUCCUCCGGCGCCAAGGCCGGUGUCACCUCCGCCAUCCGCACCCCCUCGGGCUCCUCGUCAUCCACAGAUCUCUCCGGGCCCUUCACCCGCGGCUCCGUGGGUUCCUCGUCAUCCACGGAUCUCUCCGCGAGCACCACCCGCGACAUCGCCUCCAUCGUCAAGGAGGUGGGCAAGCGCCUGGACUACGAGGACGACUCCCCCUUCCCCACCGCCGCCUCCUUGCAUCAGCCGAUGCUCGCGCCCGAGGGCCUUGCCGACCUCGCGCCCCUGCUCGAGCUUCCCGACCCCGACAACGCCUCCUCCACCACCGUCGUCUCCGCCUCUGACGCUGACGCGAAACACGCGAUGACCGCUUCCGUCGACUCCACUGUCACCCAGGUUGCAGCGCCUGCCGACUUCACCGCCGAUGGCCCCCUGCUCUCGGAGAUGGAGGGCGUCCUCGCCGAGCUGAGCGGCGCCCGCGGCCUCAGCCCGCGCUCAAAGCGCCUCCUCCUCGCGCUCGUUGAGGUCGCCGACGCGGAGCUCAAUGCCAACCCCACGGCCGCUGUCCUCCACAUUCGCCGCGCUGCCUUCUGGAGGAAAGUGCGGGUCGGGAUCCUCGCCGCGACGGUCUUUUCCGUCGCCGCGAUCGACGCCGCGCUGGCCUUCGCGCUCUACGGAGCCCGCCAUGGCAACGACCGGUACCACCACGUACUGCCCCCUACCUGAUGCGUGCACACGAGCCAGCGAUCGAGCCGGUGCCGGUGGAUUUGCUUCGCUUCUGCAAGUGUUGGCCGCUUCCGAUAUUUACCAGUACUUAUGAUUAGCCUUGUCGCUCUAGUAGACACAUCGUGAUGUUUUAAUUACUGGUGUUUUUACAUGCAUAUAUAGAAGUAGGACAGAAGAGAAGGGCAUUGUUGUUUUAAUUAGCGUGACUGAGUUCUGCUUCAGUAACAGUGUGUGCAAAAAUCGGUAUUAUGCUUGCCAGUGCUAGAUGCAAAUUGUAAGAUCAGAACCUCUUGAGAAAGUCCAAGUGCCAUACAUAUUUGGCUCUUUUUUGUGGGCA